AUGGCUAAUCCUACGCCGCGCUUUGCUGAUAUGGUCAUCAAUGCCAAAGCACAGGUUAUACGAAUUUUCCGGAUUUGGGUACUCGUAGCUCCAACAAAUCCAGUACCUGGCCAGAGCGUCAUCACACAUACCGCAGGAAGUACAUGGCGCGGUAUUCCACCAGCAAACAGUGUUAUGGCCGUCGGGGCCGAAGGUGUAGUACACCUCUGGUGUAGGGUCAACAAUGCCACCGGCAUCAUCGAGGAUCGGGUCGUUGUCAAACAUGUGGUAUCUGGUCAGCUACGUUAUCAGGAUCCUGUCAACUGGGUCAAUGGCCAGGUGGGAGGAGAACCUCUGGAAUGUCGUAACGCCAACCUUGUCUGGGCAGCCAUGCCUGUGGCCGAUCGUCAGCAUAUCCAAUCAUGCUUGGGCUGGGGAGAUGUGGUCCAGCCAGGCGUGGUUCCACAAACUUACCAGUACAAGCUUUAUCACGAGUACUGUCCCCACAGCAGUCUGAACAGGGUUAUGAAGAACCAGCCAAAGAGAAAGAAGAAGGGUGCCNAUCAAAAGGGAAACAUCUUCUUUGGUCCCGAACAUCCCACCACAUUCCAAGCUUACCCAGUGCUCAAGGUAAGUAAGAACAUGAAGUUCUCCUGGAGAAGAGAAUUGACACUCUUGUGCAGGNUGGCCGACUUUGGCAGUUCCCGCGAAAUCACCAAUCAAGUGAGAAACCGCGGUCUGAUCGUCCAGGAUGAUCCGGUCUGUUUGACAUAUGCUGCACCCGAGAAUACAUGGGUCUAUCCAAUACCCGCCGGUCAGCCACUCACUUGGGAAGCUCCAGGCAUGAGAAUUACCAAGAGGACAAACAUAUACCAAGUCGGUCUCAUAAUGGCGAGUGCGAUAAGAUUGAUUUCGCCGCUGCCGGAGAACAACUGGAGAGAGCAGCCACCAAACUACAAUAUCCCCGCAGCAGAUCAAUUGCACCAUGACCCAGCUGCGAUAGGUGUGCUAGAACUGCCACUAGCCAAACUGAACCCAGGACCGAAAAAAUACAGCAACGAACUUAUCAGUCUGGUUGCGUGGUGUCUGAGACACCGGAACGUGGAUCGGCCUAUAUCAGCUACCUUGUUGAACCGUAUUCGGCAGCAUGCAAAUUUUCAAGGGAUGGACGCAGUAACAUUGCCUGUGCUUGCUGCCAUGAAAAGCCUUUGCAUUGACCUCAACCAGGAUAAAUACACGAUCAACACGCUGUUCUAA